AUGGCUAACUACAAUACAGAGAUGUCUUCCUCGGGAUUGCCUCGCGGCCCGGUCGACGAUGACCCUAAGGCCAUAACAGGUGGACCUAAGCCUGUCCCGGACUCUGCCCAAUGCAUUCGGCAACGAGACGCACUAGUGGCUCUCAACGAAGUGAUCAAUAACCUGAUCUUAGAGCAAAGCGUCAUGCAAAAUGAGAUAAUCCGCCAGCGUGCGAUCCUCGCCCACCAAACUGCACGUCUCGACACCACCGAGGCCAAUAUUCAGGCCCUCCAACACGUGUGGGAGAACAUGGCGGCCGCAUUCGGAAUCACCGCAAAGAAAUGA